AUGGCUGAUCCAUAUGCGCUUCUCUCCAGCAAUGGAUAUGGCUUUGGAUAUGUCGGAUAUGGCUAUGGCUACACCCGCUGGUAUCACUACGGGUAUGGGUACGGUGCCGGCAUGAUCACAUACCAUCAGUCCUCUGACAUGUACAUGGAGAUUGAUAUGGCGUACAGGCGCCGUUUGAGUGACGCGGGGUCGUCAGUGGAGGACGUGCGCGCACAAAUGAACAGUGCCUUGCAGCUUCCGCCGGGGCUGAAGACCAGCAUGGUCGUGAAGACUGCUGCGACACGGCGCCUGGCACAGAAUGGCACAGAGCUACCCCGACGAUCACGCCGCCGAUUGAACACAGAUGUGGGAGUCAUCUCGUUUCGCAUUGCCACUCAAGGCGAUAGCGCUGUUUCUACAGACGCCGUCGCAGAGGAGAUGAAGCAGCAGGUGACCAAGGGCAAGGGCGGGAUGAAUGCGGCGCUCUCGAGCCUGGGAUCCGUCAACACGAAGGCAGGCCUUGCCGUUGCCACGACGGAGGUUGAGAUCGACACUGGCGCCAACAGAUCCAACCGCUCCGGACAGGGAAGGCGGAAUCGCAAUGCGACGACCUCCACGACAACGAUCAACGCUGACGCGUCGCCCUUCUCACUCAUCUCCGAAGCGUUGGAGGGCGCGGCUGCAGCUGCUGCAGCCAUGCUCCGUGGCGAGGGCAGCGCAACAUUGGAAACUCCGGUGGGUCAGGUGACGUUCUUGGAGCUAAUACCUCCGUCGGAUGAUAGAGCCGUGAUGCAAGUGGAGAACCUGUCGCAGAGAAGCUCGCCAGUUACAGUGUCUUUGCCAUCGGCAUUGGUCACGAAACUUUGCCAAGCAGGACGCGUGGUGCUGCAGGUCUAUGAGUUCAGCGAUAGCCUGCAGUCACAGGAUGAAGCAGGACACAGCGUUGUUGCGCAGUCCGGUAUGGUGGACGUCUCCAUUCUACAGGAGAUGCCGACAGCGGACAACGCGACAAACGUGACAGUUGACAACUCCACUGUCAGCCUUACAACGGUCACGAUCACGGACGUGGAGGACGAAGUUCUCAUCAGAUUGUCUGAUGCCCAGCCGCAAAGUGCAGACCGAUGUGCGUUUUUUGACGAGGGGUCGAAGAAAUGGGCCUAUGCUGGCACAGCUCUCGACAGAAGCCCUGCACGGUCCGGCACCUGGUGUCGCGCAUCGCACCUGACGCUGUUCGUCGUCAUUCGUGCGGUGGACAGCGACGAAUCUUCCAGCCAGCAGAGCCAUUUGAAAGUUUUGGUCGUUGGAGUUGUAAUCGGCGCCAUCUCGUUGGGGCUCCUCGGCGGGCUUUGCGCGGUGGUGGUCGGCUACUGCUCCGGUUCCCCGAAGAAGCACAGCAAGCUCAAGGACGACGUGGAGGCAGAUGCAGUUCAUGCAACGUCACAAGACGCUCCUCCAAACAAUGACGACAAUUCGUCGAUUUUGGACAACAACAACGCUGCGGAGGUCGACAAUUCGUCGGUUUUGGACAACAACGUUGCGGAGGCAAAGACCGAGAUCAAUCCCCAAGGGAACGACUCGAUUAUCAUUGAGGUCGAUCAUCCGGAUGCCGACGCAGACCCCAUGGAAGCUGCGGAGUUGUGA